AUUUCAUGUGUUGAGAGCAUCUCAGGAAAAUUCAAGAUGGCUGCCAAGCGGAAGGGCGGCCUGAAACUAAAUGCCAUCUGCGCCAAGCUAAGCCGGCAGGUUGUCUACGAGUGUGCGGCGGAGCAGGCCGAACCUGACCAGAAACUUCCGGAGGCCUACCCGACCGACGGCCUGCAGCAUGGCGACCAGGAGGUGGAGGCCAAGGUUCCCGAAGGGCUGCAGCACAUCCAGAAGCUGGAGGAGGACAAGAAGAGGCGGGAGGCGAUCGAGAAGUGGGUGAAUGGGGAGUACACGGACGAGCACGGGGACCGCGGCGAGGAGCGGCUCGUCAAGGCAGGGGAUGGCGACUUCCUGCCCUCGGAAGGGGUGUACAUGCUUCAGCCCAAAGGUUGCAGUGAAGAGGAGGACAUUGACGGGGCUCAGGAAUCUCUCGACGGUAGCUACAUGGACGAUCGGGAUUCGGAGGACGUGGGGCCGAAAGAGGAAGGCUACAAUUCUUCCAGUGAGGCCAGCAUAAGGCAGCACAGCGUUGCCUCUUCAGGGGAAGCAUCAACUCUCCACGACUAUGCAGCGUCGACCAUGAACGAGUUCCUGGGGAUGUUCGGCUACGACGACCAGAAUGUCAGGGACGAGCUGACGAAGAAGAUCAGCUUCGACAAGCUGAACGCCACUACCUCAGAGACCUACCCCGGGGCCUCUCUGGGCGAGGACGCGCUGGCGAGGAGGGUCCGCAACUCCAAGUACGAGGAGUGCAUUCGGAAACUCAAGGCAGGGGAGCAGCUGCCACGGCCGCUUCCCUCCUCUAAAGUUGAGGAGACAGGCCCCAGGCCCCCACAGGCAAAGGACACCCCGCCACCAAGCACCCAAGAGGCCUCUGUCCGUCGUGACGCCAAACCAACGCCUGCUCCCGCCCCGCCCGCCCCUCGGGGUUCCAAGUAUGACUACUUCAUCCAGAAGCUGAAGACGGGUGAGAGCCUCCGGCCCCAGAAUGGGAACACCUACAAGAGGCCGUCCAAGUACGACCUGGAGAACGUCAAGUACCUGCACCUCUUCAGCCCCGGCGAGGGGGACCCUGACAUGGGCGGCGCCAUUGCCUUCAAGACCGGGAAAGUGGGGCGUCCCUCCAAGUACGACGUCAAGAACAUACAGAAGCUGGCCAUGGCCAAGGCGGCGCCAAACAUGGCGGCCGCACCGCUCUCCGGCACCUCCUGCGCUCCGGGGACCGGCUCCGAUACGGCCGCUGCGGUCGGCUUCGGGGGCCCCGACCUCCUGAAGUCGAGCUUCUCCAGGACCGACUCCAUCACAACUGGAACCGUCUCCACUGUCAGCCGGCUUUCCAAAGGGGACCCGUUAGUGGAUGACUCCGUUGGAAGGUUGUCGAGUUCGAAUGUGUCUACAGUGAAUCGGAAUGGAUUGUCCUCAGACAAACCAGGUGCUUUGCCCGAUGAUGUAAAUAUUUACCAGAAGUACAUUGCCAGCUCCCACUCCUGCGCCGCUCUGCGAACACCAUCACCCAAGGGACUGGAGGACAGGCAUGGUCACACAACACGGAAACUGGCCAUUCGGCCCACCAUUCCCAUGCUCACCUUGAACCCAUCCACAUCAAUCCAUCUUCCAGAACUUGGCUCGUACUCUUCUAUACCUAGGUUUUCCGGGAGUCAGCAGUGUGGGCACAUUCACUGCGCCUAUCAGUAUCGGGAGCACUAUCACUGUCUGGAUCCCGAGUGCAACCACCAGAGAUUUACCAGUAAGCAAGAUGUGAUUCGACACUACAACAUGCACAAGAAAAGAGACAACUCCCUCCAGCACGGCUUCAUGCGGUUUAGCCCCCUGGACGACUGCAGUGUUUAUUACCACGGGUGCCACCUGAACGGCAAGAGCACGCACUACCACUGUAUGCAGGUGGGCUGCACGAAGGUGUACACCAGCACCUCUGACGUCAUGACGCACGAAAACUUCCAUAAGAAAAACGCACAGCUGAUCAACGAUGGUUUCCAGCGUUUCCGGGCAACCGAAGACUGCGGGACUCUGGGGUGUCAGUUCUACGGACAGAAAACCACCCACUUCCACUGCAGGCGCGCUGGCUGCACGUUCACCUUCAAGAACAAGUGUGACAUCGAGAAGCACAAGAGCUACCACAUCAAGGACGACGCCUACGCCAAGGACGGCUUCAAGAAGUUCUACAAGUACGAGGAGUGCAAAUACGAGGGCUGCGUGUACAGCAAGGCCACCAACCACUUCCACUGCAUCCGGCUGGGCUGCGGCUUCACCUUUACCUCCACCAGCCAGAUGACGUCGCACAAGCGCAAACACGAGCGCCGCCAUAUCCGCAGCGCGGGGGGGCUGGGACUCGCCUCCCAGCUACUGGGCCGCAAGGACGCCGAGCAGGACGACUCCAGCAACGACGACCUCAUCGACUACUCUGCCAUCAGUAGCAAGAACUCGAGCCUGAGCGCCUCCCCGACCAGCCAGCAGUCCUCAGUUCCCAUUGUGCUGCCCGCCCCCUCCAGCGAGAUCUCCAACGCCCAGGCCGUCAAGCCCGGCUCCGGCGUGAUGCCCAUCACCAAGAUACCCACCCUCCUCUCCCAGACGCUGCCCAGCUCCAUCCCAGUGGCGCUGGCCCUCUCCAACGCCGGGAUGGCAGCCAGUGGACCCUUCUUCCCGAUGCUGCCCAACCGGGUGUCCGUGGCCCUGCCGGUGUCGGCCGCCGGCCUGAUCUCCGCCAUCUCCUCCGGCAUCUCCAGCCUGCCCACUGAGUCCCCCUCGCAAGCCGUCUCGGCCUCGGGCAGCCCGGCCGCCAUGCCCCCGGCGGCGGCAUCCAUCAUGGAGAAGAUGACGGCGAGCAAGGGUCUCAUCUCGCCCAUGAUGGCCCGCCUUGCUGCCGCCGCCCUCAAGCCUUCCGCCCCAACAGAGGCAGGGAAUGGACAGCCAACGCCGGCAAACCAGUUCAGCCUGAUCGAGCUCAAGCAGGAGGCCGGUGACACUGUCAAGACGCAAACCCAGGACCCGCUGCAGGAUCAGAGUCUCAAUCUCAGCCUGAAGGACCACGGGACUGAAUCCAAUGGUCACAUGGAGACUACGAACACUUCUCUCUUAUCCUCGUUUCUCAAUAAGGUAUCCCAGAGCAACAGCGGACUGGGCGGUUUGAUGAACCUCAAGGCAGAGCCGGAUUGUGGGCAUUCCGAUGAAGAUCAGGCUUCCUUCAUGAGCAAAGCGAUGGUUCAGCAGAGGUCGGAGAAACGGACGGAACUCUGGGAAAAAUACCUGCGCAGGUUUACGACGGAGGAUUACUGUGAGAGCCAGUGUGAUUUCCUGCACAAGGUCCAUUUCCAUUGUGUGGUGGAGGACUGCGGUGCCCUAUUCAGCACCCUGGAUGGGGCCAUCAAACAUGCCAACUUCCAUUUCCGAGCUGACGGCGGGGUGGUGAAGGUGAAGUCGGAACCUUGUUUCUCCAGCCCAAUUGCAGUGGAGAACAGAACCUCUGGCACCUCGGCAUUCCCUCCCAUCGCCAUGGUAACGGCUGCAGCUGUGCAGGUCUCCCCAGCGAGCCCCACGGUCGUCUCCACCGCCCCGACGCUCUUCACCUGGAAACAGCUGGCGGCUUCCAUCCCUCAGCUCCCCGUCUCCACGUUGGCGACGUCUUCCCUGGCAACCACAUCCCUGGAGAACGCAAAGCCUCAGGUCAAACCAGGAUUCCUGCAGUUUCAGGAAAAUGAUCCCUGUCUGGCGACCGACUGCAAAUACUCGAACAAGUUUCACUUCCACUGUCUGUUUGGAAACUGCAAAUACGUCUGUAAAACUUCUGGGAAAGCAGAAUCACACUGUCUAGACCACAUCAAUCCCAACAACAACCUGGUCAACGUGCGUGACCAGUUCUCCUACUACUCUCUGCAGUGUCUCUGUCCAAAUCAGCAAUGUGAAUUCCGUAUGAGAGGACACUACCACUGUUUACGGCCCUUCUGCAACUUUGUGACCAACAUCACUACAAAGCUCCCCUGGCACAUCAAAAAGCAUGAGAAGGCUGAGCGACGAGCGGCCAAUGGCUUCAAGUACUUCACCAAGCGGGAAGAGUGUGGCAGGCUAGGCUGCAAGUACAACCAGGUAAAUAGUCACUUCCACUGCAUCCGCGAUGGCUGCCUCUUCUCCUUCCUCCUUAAGCACCAGAUGACAUCCCACUCUCGAAAGCACAUGAGGAGAAUGCUGGGCAAGAACUUCGACAAGAUCCACAGCCAGGGGCCCAGGAGCGACGAUGCCACUGACAACAUGGCUGCCACCAGCGGCUCCUCAGCUGUGACGUCAUCGUCUAACAUGGUGGACAUGGAAACGGAUGAGUGCAUGGACUACCCCAUGGCCACCAGCCCGGCCGGCCUGUCCUCCGAGUCUUCGGUUCCAGACCGCAGCUGCACCAGCACCCCGGUGGGAAACGAAAGCAGUGUGGCAGGCUGCCCGGUUACUCCUGCUGCUGACGCUACCCGCAAUGCACCAUCUCCAUCCUUGCCACAAGCCUUGUUCCGAACCACCCAUUCUUCACUGCCAUUCCUCCUUUCUCCAUCCUGUCUCUCACACUCUCUGCUCAGCGUGACUCUCGGAUCCGCCAGGAAUGUCAUACCAACCAGCACGCCAGGUCUCAACCCGACCAUUGCUGCUCCCACUCCGAUUAAAAGCGAUGUCCCAAUAGUUCAGGAUGCUGCAGGGAACACAAUUUCUCUCCCGACUGCUUCUGGUGCGAAGAAGAGAUUCUGGAUCAUCGAAGAUAUGUCCCCCUACGGGAAACGGCGAAAGACGGCCUCCUCCCGCAAGAUGCUGGACGAAGGGAUGAUGCUGGAGGGCUUCAAGCGCUACGACCUCUAUGAGGACUGCAAGGACGCGAGCUGCCAGUUCUCGCUGAAGGUCACCCACUACCACUGCACCCGGGAGAACUGUGGCUACAAGUUCUGUGGCCGCACCCACAUGUACAAGCACGCCCAGCACCACGACCGUGUCGACAACCUGGUCCUCGACGACUUCAAGCGCUUCAAGUCGUCGCUGCGCUGCAACUUUGCGGACUGCCAGUUCUCGGGCAACAGCACCCACUUCCACUGCCUGCGCUGUGGCUUCCGGUGCACCGACAGCACCAAGGUGACGGCUCAUCGCAAGCACCACGGCAAGCAGGACGUGAUCAGCGCCGCCGGCUUUUGCCAGUUCAGCUCCAGCGUCGACUGCGAGGUGGCCGAUUGCAAGUACAAGCUCAAGUGCUCGCAUUUCCACUGCACCUACCCUGACUGCAAGCACACAGUGGUGGGCAUGUCCCAAAUGGACUCCCACAAGCGCAAGCACGAGAAGCAAGAGCGCGGGGAGGCGGUGCCUGCCUCCCCGGCCCGCGAGGCGAUGCACAGCGCCCUGGAGUACGAUUCCCAGGCGUCCUCCCUCAACCUGGACGGCUCCCUCAACCUGGGCACGGGCGCGGACGGCUCGCUCUUCUUCCUGAAGAACCCGGCCGGCGUCGGCCUCAGCGACUCGCUCGACCUGAGCGCCAAGCCGCACGAGGCGGCCCGCUUCGGCAUCGCCGCCGCCCAGGAGGACAUCACCGUCACGUCGGGCGACGCCGAAGACGACAACGACGCGACGCAGGACGACGAGGAGCCGAACGACGAUGAUGAUGACGACGACGAUGAUGAUCUCAACACGGACUCCGACAGUAGCCAUGGCACUGACCACAUGGACAUGGUGGACAAAGAUGAAGCAGGUGGGGUGUAGCAGGGAGCUCCACAUCCCUCCCCCCCUCCACCCAUUAAAGAAUCUGUCCCUCUAUUCAUUCACUGGGAUAACAAAUCCUCCUCCAUUUAAAAGAAAUAUUGUAGUAGAACUAAGAACCAAACCUCCACAGGCAUCGCAGUGUGUGUAUGUGUGAAGGGGCCCGGGCAGCCUUUACACCCCAUCAGGAUCAAAUGGAGAGCCUUAGGACGCCUCCACCCUCAACAAUAUGCUUCCAGACCAGCUCACGACAACAGGACAGUGCCCACAACAAGUGAAAAGAAUCAUGGGUUGUCGAUGAACAAAACAAUUGGCUUCAGAUGGUACGUGCAGUAGGAAGAACUUGCUCCCUAAAAGAUGUUUACAACCUGACCAACGUGAUUAAUCCCUUUUAAUAUGCAGGAAAAAAAAGAGAAAAUCUAUAAUCCAACGUUCUGGAGUUGGACACCAUGUAAUGUUUGGGUAUUGCCUUUGCUACCGAAAACUCCUUGGUUGCGUGUGUGCAUGUCUGCUAGAUUCUAUUGUUUUAAUUUUUUGGGAAUUUAAAGAAAACAAGAGUAAUAUGAAACCGAAAUUCAUAAGCAGUUUUUGAGCUGCAGUGUACAAUGCGGUAUGGCAGAGUGUGCAAGUGAAGAAUUUACAAAGGCAGUUUUAAAAUGGCCGUUUUCUGUUGUCAGUCCCACAGUCGCCUCCAAUGGGUGGUGAGAAACCCUUCAGGGUUAAGGCACAUUAAACGCCUUCUGAAGCACUGAGUGUGGUUGAACAAGUGUUCAUUGUGAAACAGUGCUCAGACUGAGUGACGUUUCUUUAAUGAUCUUCCAUUAAUUUAUUUUACUUUGAAGAUCUUCUCUCUCUCUUUCUCUUUCUUUCUCUCUCUCUUCCGUACCCUGGAGUUUGCAUUUGUUUUAUCCCGGAUUGCGUCCUAUUGCAGGUCUUUCCAUUCCAAACCUCUCAGCCUCUUGCCGCUGUUCCAGAAUGAUUUUUUUUUUCCCGCGAUUGUAAAGAAGCCACAUAUGGCACCUGGAAGCUUCUAGAAGUUUUUUUUUUGUUUGUUUUGUAGAUAGAAUGAGAACAUUUCAAACAAAAUUAUUUUUAUAUAUUUAAAGCAGAAAUCAAUUUGAAUGUUGUAGAUACUCUGAGGCCCGACAUGGUCAUGUUGUUUGCAAAUCAUCGGCCACCACAAGGAAUCUAACUCUUUGAGGGCUUAAAUCUGUGGUUCCUCUAUUCAAAGGGGUCUCUUUGUGUUUCUGUGUAUGAGUUUCUGAUCAAAAGCCGUCUCUCUUCUGUGUGUUUAAGAUUGUUUGAAAACAGGGCCAUUAUAUCUUUAAAGAUGAGAAUGAUAUACUUUAAAAGAAGCAGCAGGAAUCAGGUAACUGUAAGUACAACACAUAUUAGCUAACAUUUUAGUACUGAAGAAGAACCAAUUUCACUCUCCCUUUUCCAAUCUGACAACUUCAACGAUCAUUGUGUCCCUUCAAACUCAAUCUGAACUAAAAAGAGAAAAUGGUGGAAAUUCUACCAGGUCAGGCUGCAACUGUAGGAAGAAUUUGUUCCACAGAAACUGCCUAACCUUCUAAGAUUUUCCACCAUUUAUUUUUUAAUAAGCAGCAAGUGUAAUCCACUUCCCCACGUUAAAUACUCCACAGUCUCCCUGACAUUUCUGUCCCAUGAUGAGGUGACAUGAAAACUUGUUUCCACUGCAGUACCCUUGGGGUUGCUGCUCCUAAAUGUGGAGCCAAGCCUUUUUAGGUUUCAUUUUCUACUCCUACCUUCCCCAACAAUACCCUUCGCCCCACCCCACCCCACCCCAUCCCACCACCAGCCUCAGCCGGCUUGAUUUCUGCCAACACUGGUUUUGCUAAUUGUAUAGAUUUGCAGUCCGCACAUAACACACGCUUCAGCAGCAGAUUAACGACGUCUGUUUUCACCUUUCCCUGAAAGCUUAGCCUCUUAAUUGCUCUUCUAAAGUUGUCAGUUUAACACCUCAUUAGUCACUAACUAGUAGAGUUUAGCUGUACCUCUCUAUCAAGUCGUCCUGCUAUUGUAAAUAGAUUAGCUUCAUUGUGUAGUCCUUGUUAUAGAAGACCCUGGCAAGACCAAUUAUACAAUUUCCAAGUGGUGCAUCCACAGAUGACAUGGACAAAUUAUUUCAAAAAGGACAAAGCUUUGGGGAGCAUCCUAUUGGCCAGAGCACCUCAACGUGCUUCAACUCAUUACAUUCAUCUUGGAGAAAUCAAACCAAGCAAAGGAACAUACUCUAACACACACAAAAUGGAAGAACUCAGGAGAUCAAGCAGCAUCUAUGGAGAGGAAGUUUUUCCCCCUUCCCUAUCUCUCUUCUUCCAUUCCUUCUUAUCUUCUUUUCUCACCUGCCUAUCACCCCCCACCCCAACGUUGCCCCUCCUCUUUCCCAUCCUCCCAUGGUCCACUACCAUCUUCUGUCAGAUUCCUUCUUCUUCAUCCCUUUACCUUUCCCACCUAUCACCUCCCAGCUUCUUACUUUAUCCCCCGCUGCACCCACCUGGCUCCACCUAUCACCUUUUAGUUUGUACUCUGUGCCCUUCCCUUCCUACCUCCUUAUCCUGGCUUCUUCCCCCUUCCUUUCCAGUCCUGAUGAAGGGUCACAGCUUCCUUUCCAGAGGUGCUGCCCAACCGGCUAAGUUCCUCCCGUAUUUUGUGUGUGUUACUCUGGAUUUCCAGUAUCUGCAGAAUCUCUUGUGUAGAAGAUAUCGACUGGCACCCUAAGUUAACAUGGAGACCUCAAUAUCGAAAAUACAUCAACUUGUUUCAUCCUGUAGUAAGGAAGGAAUUGCUCUGACACUUCUGUCCCAAUGUUGCAUGUUUAAAUGGGGUCUCUGGGGAGGAGAAUCCCAAACUACAGGCUCUGAGAAUGCAGAAGAUCCCCCCCCCCCCACCCAGAGGAUGUGCCAUUGAGUCCCCAACCGCUUCCCUGACGCCAUUUAAAGGCAGUGAAUGUGCUUCGACAUGAGUACUGAUGCCACCGGCCCAGUCUCCCGGAUUAUUUCUCACUUCCCCUAGACCAGAAAACAUGGGAGCAGAAUUAGGCCAUUCGGCCCGUCAAAUCUGCUCUGCCAGUGGAACACAGUAGUAGAACAUUCGGGGAAGGCUGAAGGCCUGAUGUCUGUCCCCUGUCACCAGUCCAUAGGCUCGAUAGUAAUGUCACCCCCACAGUUUCCAGUCAGCAGUGCAACGGUGAGCAGGACUGUCUGCUACACACAGCAUCCUUGGAACACCUCCUUAAGCCUCUCUGCUCGCUGGCCUGGCCACUUCCACCAAUAACUGUUCCUAGUGGUGUUAGCCAGUCUCCAACGUUAUGCUCCACCAACUCCAGCCCAUUCAACACUUUACAGUGUGGGGCAACAAGCUCAGUUUGUCAGGAGUCAUCUCUCCCCCCCAACCCCACCCAUAAACCAUCCCCACCAUCUAUCUACAGCCUGGAACUAAUCACCCGGAGUCCUGCACCCCCACCGCAUCACUCUGUUCUCCAUCAGUGCCGGUGAAGGGUCUCGGCCCGAAACGUCGACUGUUUAUUCCUCUCCAUGGAGGCUGCAACAGCUGUCGAGUUUCUCCAGCAUUUUGUUACUCUGGACUUCCAGCAUCUGCAGAAUCUCUUGUGUUUGCACUGUCCCCACUGACUGACAUUGGUUUUCCCAGUAGUCUCCACUCCAACCCUCUUGUUGCUUCAUAGCAGUAUCUCUCUGUGAACUCCAUCCCACCGUCCACCCCAGGAGAGCCCAGCACUCCGAGUUUCACUCCACGCUCCACCAUCUCUGCCUCCCAAACGCCAAGACUGCCACUACUACACUCACAUAUGCCACACCAACCCAAGAGCCACUGGAACAGAAGGUGGCUUACCACCGGGAAAGGAGGCGGCCUUGUACUGUGGCCCCAUGGGGGAAGCCCAAUGCUUGUUCAUUCAGGAAUUCAGAUUAAUCUGAUGCUAGACCAUCAACUUUGACUGAAAUAUCAUUAUGAUGGCAAAAUAUAUCAAAUCACUGUGCAAAUUAUUGUUGAAAUUUUAAAACUGAGAACAUGCAAAAUACAAAUUAACAAAAGGUAAAAGAAAAUGGAAUUCUUCAGUAAGAAUGAGAUAAUUGGAAUAUGGCUUAUGUACAGAACAAUCCCAUCCUUAAUAUGGUCCUACUAAGAAUCUAUUUUCAUUGUUGACCUUCUGAAAUGUUUUAUUUCCCUUAAAGGUAACGCUUUAACCUAAAGCAGAUUUAUAUUAGCAUGUCAGUAGGCACACCUGAUCGACAGUUUAACCCUGACAGUUUAACCUUGCCAAAGUUACACAUUGUGACAGGACUUGGGCUCUUGUGGAAUGCGAUAAUGGCUCUUAACAGGGCAGUGUCUAGUCUUUAUGGUACACGUUUCUGCAGUUCUUUGAGUGAAGCACUACAGGCAGGUGUUAUGAGUGUGUUAACCUGCUUUUGUGUCCUUUUUGUAAGUUUGCACUAAUUCUGUUUUGUAUUAGAAACAGUCGUGAACCCUACCAAUUAACAGAAAACUCCAUUUUAUUGCCAGUCUUUAAGUAGCCCCGUUCACGGCAGGGCAGAAGUCAUUUGCUGUGUACUUGAUCUUGUAUGAGAAUUUAAUAACACUUGGGAGAAAGUAUUAGGGCAAGCUGUGUUGGAGUAGCUCUCUUUCCAAGCGUACCACUCGAUGGGCCAAAUGGCCUAAUUUUGCUCCAAUAUCUUAUGGUCUUAUGGUACCUCAGCACAGCAGACCUGUGUGGGAUGAUCAUUGUCAAAUAUAGCCCUCCCAAUUAUUCAAUGGAAAAGGGGCUACCAUGGCUUUAAGGAGAACACACACACGCCGCCGUCUUCUUUCCCAGGGCACAACAGAAACCGACAUUAACCCUUUGAGGAGUUAUCCUUCCUACACUAAAUUGUGAAGUAACGGUUACUGUGUUUCGUUCUAGUCAGUGAUGGAGAUUGUGUGUGCAUUUGUAAAAGUAUGCAUGCAGUGUGUUUCUGUGUGUGUGUGUGUGUGUGUGUGUGUGUGUGUGUGUGUUUCUGUGUGUGUGUGUGUAUACCUGUGUGUCUGCACUUGAUAUGAGUGAGCAUGAAAAAGAGAGAGAGAGGGAGAACGAUGAUGAGUUCUCGGUAUGUGUGUAUUUAUCUGAACGUGUGUGUGAGUUUUGUGGGUGUACUUAUACUUGAGUGUGUGUGCAUGUGGACGAGCGUCAUUGAAAGUGUUUGUGCAUCAGUGAGUCUCAGUGCGAGACAGAGGGAGAGACUCUGAGUCCUCUGCUUUUUACUCAUCACGUUUUGUAAGUUCUGUACUGUCAACAGGAAAUAAAAUGGAAUCAAACCAACUUCCCACCCACACACAAAACAAAUCUACCCAUCCUCAAAGGGUUAAAGACACAAGACUUAAAUACAUUGCAUUUAAGGAACUUCCUUAUGUUAAAAAAAAAUAAUUCUGGAAUAACCCAUAGAUCUUUUGGUGUGUGCAAAUCCUUUAAAGAUGGAAGUGUCACAGGCUCCUGAACACUAAGGCCAUUUAUACAUCGACUGUUAGCACUGACACAGAGUGUGGUUCAGGUUUGACUUGAAUUUAGUAGGAUGCAAAUUAACAGGUUUCCUAUGAAUAUUAAUUGAUAAAUAAUUUAAUACCGUUAUCUCUCAGUUUUAUUUUUGUGUGCUCUUUAUCUUGCUGUCAAUCCACUAGUGAGUUCUAUUUAAAAGUCAGAGAAGAGGCAGGCAAUACUAAUUGUUUAAUUUUUUUUUCAAACUCAGUAUGUAUUUUGAGAAAAAUACUGUAAGAUGCUUAGAGCUGGGAAACAGUUUAUGCACUUGGAUCUAGCCGCUGUGUGUCUCUCUUUCUUUUGAAAUACAUAUAGAGCAUGGUAAAAGUUUUUCUUUCCUCUUUCUUCUGUGAUGUUUUGAAAAACGGGUAACACAUCAGCAGAUGUUGCCAGAUGGCAUUGUGUAGAUAGUCUACCAGAAUAUGAAGAGAAAUGGAUAUAAUCAUUAUGUACAACCAGACAGAAACAACCUCCAAAUCUUCUAAACGGUCAAGCUGCUGAAGCAAUCGAUCAUUUUGCUGUUAAUUUAACUAAAACUGGAUUGAUCUUUUGGAGACAAGAGAAAGAAAAAAAAAUUACAAUGUAGCAAAAAGAAAAAUUCUAGCCUUUGUAAUAUAUAUAUUGCACACUGGGAUAAGAAGCCAUCUCUAGACCACAUGGAUUUGUGUAAUUUUAUUCUCUCAUGGGGAGAACGUGAUUCAUAUACGGUGUACAUGGCUCUCUAUACAAGGAGACAACUCAACAUUUUUUAAAAUGCUUUGGAAAAGACGUUCUCCAAUACUUGAAUACUGACCCCCUCAGCACCUAUGUUAUUGAUAACUGAAUAUUUUUCCACUUGAAUCUAGUGCUGUUAGAAAUUUAAUAUAUGUGUUUUAUUUAUUUGAUUGGUUUUGCAUGUCUGAUGCAAGGGUUUGAGAUUUUCACUCAAUAAAAA